ACAAGAAGGAUUUAAACUAAGGAAAGGCCGCAUUGAGAAAACUCCUGAUGGAGUUGUACGAAAACGAACAGUACUUUGCGAGCACAGCGGCGAGUACAAACCCAGAAACACGCAACUAGUCAGUACUAAGUAUAUUAACUGUCAGUGGCACAUAAAUUUGUCACAACCACUAUGGAAUAAUCCUCACGAAAACAUUUACCUCACCACCAUAAAUAAUGAACACAAUCAUGAAUUAUCUUCCUUUCAGAUGAAAUUCUUACAUGAUAAUAAACUUACACAACAAAUGCUCGAAUGUAUAGAAUUCUACAUGAAUGAUAUUAGAUUGAAACCAUUACAAGUUCAGAAAGCCCUACAGAAAGAGUUUCCUGAUCGUGAGAUUUACCUUCCUGAAAUUCAUAAAGCAAUGGCGAAAUUCUACCACAAGAAGCAGAAAGAUAUCUCAAACGACGCUGCAUCUUUAUAUGAAAGCCUAUUAAAAAAAAAGGACGAAGACCCCCGUUGGUAUAUUGCUAUUGAUUGGGAUAGAGAAACGCACUGUCUUCGACGGUUGUUUUGGAUGUCACCUGAGCAAAUCAUUCUUUGGAUGGAGUUUGGUGAUAUAAUCCUGAAUGAUAAUACGGCAAAGACAAAUCGUUAUGAUAUGGCUCUCUCACUCUUUUUAUGUAUUGAUAAUCAUGGAUCUUCUCGCUUAGUUGGGUGUGCACUCACAGAUGACGAAUCAGCUGAUGCUCACCGAUGGAUUUUACAACAGACAAAGCAAGCUACGGGUAAUUGUGUACCCACUGUGAUUAUGACUGAUGCAGAUCCCACUCUAGACCUAGCAAUCGCUGAAGAGUAUGAAGAAUCAUAUGCCAUGCAUUGUAUAUUCCAUAUUGCACAAAACCUUCCGCGGAACCUUGAAACUCGGUUGGGUGAACAAUAUAGGGAAUUUGUUAAGGACUUUUACAUAACACGUAAUGCACUCAUUCCAGAAGUCUUUGAACGUAAGUGGAUGCAACUUAUUGAGAAGUAUAAUCAGCCUGAAGUUGUCAGAUACCUACAGCGAACAUUAUAUUCAUCAAAAAGAGCAUGGGCACGUGCAUACACAGCAACAAUAUUUACUGCUGGCAUUCAGACAACAUCACGAAUUGAGAGUUAUAAUGCUCAAAUCAAGAGGUUUAUCCUAAAUUCUAAUGUCAGUCUUCUAGAACUUGCUGAAGCUUUGGAAAGAAGCAUAAAUAAAGAGAACAAAAGGGCAAAGUAUAAAUAUUGGAAAACUCUAUUUCCAUCAACAUCCUCAGCCACCCUAUCACAAACAUUAUUUCCCAAACUUGAUGAGACAUUGUGUCAUUUUCUCACACCUACAAUGUUAAAAGUUCAACGUACUGAAAUAAAAAAUUGUCUGAACUAUCAGGCAUCUACUAUUAUGCAGGAGGAGAUCAUUGAAUAUCAGGAGUUUGAAUCAAAUACAACUCAAUUUGUUGAAGAUGAUGAAGAUACUCUACAAAUUUCCAUGAAUUAUAUACUGAAGAAUGUAGAUAUUGACAGAAUAGAAGAAACCUGGGCCAUCCGUGCAGUUACUGCUUCAAGAUUUUGCCAUUUUAUUAUCCUUCUUACUGACAAAACUCAUAUCUGCUCUUGUCUGGGACUUGUGAAUCGUGGAAUAGUUUGCCAUCAUUUCUUCCAAGUAAUGUUAUGUAGUAGAACAGCUGCAUUCCAUAUCACACUUGUUCACAAAAGAUGGUACAAAGAGAUUCAUAGCAAUCCACAAAAAACACCCUAUCAUGUUGCCACAAGGUUUGAUGAAGAUAAUUUCCAACAUCAAUCAGCAGAACUAGUUAAACAUAAUACAAUUGAUUGGUUUGUGUCUCCAGCAGACCUCCAAGAAGAAAGAAGAGAAGAUAUCAAUGAGCGAAAACUGUAUGGAGAACUGUGGGGAAUUGCACGAGAUAUUACACAAAGAGCU